AUGACAGAUACCAUCACCAUCCUCGUCGCCACCGACAACCAUGUCGGCGCCCACGAACGGAACCCAGUCCGUGGCGACGACUCGUGGAAGACAUUCCACGAGAUCAUGUGCCUGGCCAGAGAGCGAGACGUCGACAUGGUCCUCCUUGCCGGUGAUCUCUUCCACGAAAACAAGCCUUCACGAAAGUCCAUGUACAAUGUCAUGCGAUCCGUCCGACUCAACUGCCUCAGCGACAAACCCUGUGAGCUGGAGAUGCUUUCGGACGAGUCGGAGCACUUUGACGCCACCUUUGAUCACGUCAACUACGAGGACCCGAACAUCAACGUCGGCAUCCCCAUCUUCUCAAUCCAUGGUAAUCAUGAUGACCCCACAGGAGAAGGCCACUACUCUGCUCUGGACCUGCUCGCUGUCUCCGGCCUCGUCAACUACUACGGCAAAAUACCCCAGAGUGACAAUAUCGUGGUCAAGCCCGUUCUGAUCCAGAAAGGCCGUACAAAGCUCGCGCUCUACGGCCUGUCCAAUGUUCGAGACGAGAGGCUUCACCGCACCUUCCGGGAUCAAAAAGUCCAGUUCCAUCGCCCCAGCACCCAGAUGGAGGACUGGUACAAUCUGAUCUGCCUGCACCAAAACCACCACGCCUACACAGACACCUCGUACCUGCCCGAGAACUUCCUCCCCGACUUCCUCGACCUCGUCAUCUGGGGCCACGAGCACGAAUGUGACAUCGAACCAAGACUGAAUCCGGAGAUGAACUUCCAAGUCAUGCAACCUGGCUCAUCGGUCGCCACAUCGCUAAACCCCGGCGAAGCCGUGCCCAAACACGUCGCCAUUCUCACCGUCACCGGCCGCGAAAUGAAAUGUGAACCGAUCCGCCUGAAAACUGUCCGCCCCUUCGUGUACAAAGAGAUAGUCCUCGCGAAUGACAAAGAAGCCGUUCGAAUCGCCAAACACAAAGACGACCACCGCGUCGAACUUACAAGGCACUUGAUCAAGAUCGUGGAUGGACUGAUCGAGCAAGCCAAGGAAGAAUGGCUCGAAGUCCAACCAGAGCCGGAACACCCCGAUGAGGAACCCGAGGCACCGCCGUUACCGCUGGUCAGACUGCGCGUGGAGACAACCUCACCAGACGGCAUCACCCGCUUCGAUAUCGAAAACCCACAGCGCUUUUCCAACCGUUUCAUCGACAAAGUCGCCAACACCAACGACGUGGUGCAAUUCCACGUGAAAAAGAAGAAUGCCGCGGCCCGCACAGCCUACGAUGCCGAAGUAGACGAGGAGAUCAUGGCGAAGUUCCAGGGCCUGGAAACCAUCAAAGUCGAUGAACUGGUCAAGGAGUUCCUGGAGAAGCAGAGCCUUACCAUUCUGCCGCCGAACGUGUUUGGGGAUGCCGUCCACCAGUACGUAGACAAGGAUGACAAGCACGCCGUAGAGACAUUCGUGAACCAGUCGCUCGCGGACCAGAUCAAGCACUUGGUGCGAUUGCAAGACGAUGCGAAUGAGGCAGAUGACGACGAUGAGGAGGAUCUCGCGACGCAGAUCGAGCAGCAACGCGCCAAGAUGGAGGAGAUGUUCGCCAAGGGCGAGCUCAAGAUCAGCAAGAAUAAGGCAAGGUACAAACCCAAACCGGACGGUUGGGAUUCCGAUCUCGAUGGCCAAUGGGAAGACAAACCCGAGGCCUUGAUCCACGACUCUGGCGACGUGGAAGACGGAACAGGCGACGAGGACAACGAAGACGACACUCCAGCUCCAGCUACACGCGGCGGAGCUCGAGGACGAGGCAGAGGCAGAGGCAAAGGCGGAAGAGGGGGGUCUACAACAGCAUCAGCAACAUCGACUCGCAAGACGGCGGCAAAACCCACAGCAAAGAAACCAGCUGCUGUGACGGCUGCACGCGGCCGCAAGCGAGCAGCGGCUUAUGAUAAUGACGACGAUGACGAUGAAGAGGAAGAGGAAGAAGACAUCGUCAUGGGGGAUGACGACGACGGCGAAGAACCCGACUCGCAAGCCAUGUUCGUACCCGAACCCAAGCGUAAAGGCGCCUCGAACAAAGCUCCAGCUCCAGCUACACGAGCCACUCGCCAUGCGUCCCCUGCCUCCGUGUCCACCACCACGUCUCGGACAGCCGGAAGAGCCAAACCUGCAUCUUUCGCCCUCUCGACCGCUUCGACGACGACGAAGAAAACUCCAGCCCGCGCGGCGGCCACAAAAGCAAGACAGACGCAGCUGAACUUCACUCACUCGCAGAACAGUAUUCUCGGGAAUGGCAAGGCUUCGGGGGCAGCUGAGGAGAUCAGCGAUGACGACGAUGAUGCGUUCGAGCCCGUUCCUCCAACGAGGAGGAGGCGGUGA